AUGGCGGCCAAAGCAGUACCUCAGCCUGCGAAGAAAACCUUGUCAAAAAAUCUUAUGGCAAUGAAGGUAAGCGUAAUUUUACUUACCUUGAUACCUUAAAGAGCUAAAUUUUAAUCCUCUACUCAAGUAAUUUCCUCUGUAUUGGAUUAUUUUAGUUCAUGAAAAGAAAAGCAGAGUCUGAUUACCGGCGGCAGCUUGAAGAAGAACGACAACGUGCCAUCGAGGAAUCACACUGGGUAGUGGAAGGACAAGAAAAUGAGGACGGGUAAGGCACUGGAACAAGUAGAAAUGCGCAAGGUUUCUAUGAAUUUUCAUUUUUGUAGGUAUUUUGUUCUCCUGAUCGACUUGAAUCCUUUGAAGUUUUCAACUUAACAUACAAGUUAAUACUUAGCACGUGUACAGUAAGCUUAUGUUGUCCUUGGUCUGCGACUUUGUUCGAAUGUGAUGAAAUAUUUCGUUGAGAAAUAAAAUACAGAAAAAUAAAUGUGUCGAAUGAUUUAUUGAUCAGUCUUCUUUCGUGUGACGAAGUUUCGGCUUUCCUGCUGUUGGUGAAGGCACUAAAUUCAAGUUUGUCAGGGAUGUCAAUUUGUCUUUCUUGAAGUUUGUGCUUUUGGUCAUGUUUACUUGCCUUGUGAAUAAAUAAAACGCAACAGGAAGACGUGCCUUUCUGCAGAACAGGUUUCUAUAGAAACCUAUUUCUGCCGUUGGAAGCACAUUUGCUGCAGACUUUUUAUCGAUCGACUCUUGAAAAAUAUUACCAAAUUUCGCGUAGUGGUCCUUGGUCCAGGACUCGUGGAAUUACAUUUCGCAAAAUAAAUGAAACCUUUUGGAGACGGCCUUUGUUUUCAAAGAAUGUUUUCGAAAUCUUCCUUAUAUAUGUACAUCUUUACAAGUUCUCUUUUUUAAAUAUUUUGAAUACAUACAGAGUUUCUAGUAAUUAUUUUUGACUGCACUGAGUAUUAGCUUAUAGCAUAAUUGUAUCAAGAAUUAAAAAAAGACGUGAAAUGUUGUGAAAAUUUCGUUUUCGUAUGUAAACUCUGAAAUUCUCAUCUUCUUUUCAUUCUGUGUACAUGAGUCACGGACCAAGGAUCACACUUACGGACCAAGGACCAUUGAGCAUGGUCACGUCUUUUCAAAUUACAAGCAAAAUAUUUAAGUUUGGAACUUUAUCGCGGGGGACAUAAAGCUAUCUUCAGGGAGUAUUUCAGGUAGUUACAUUUUGAUUCAGGUAAGGUAUUCAAGAUAGUAAUUUGUCAUGGACCAUGGACUACUGUAUGAUCUGAUAUCUCUUGAAGGGGCUGUUGACAUAUUCACUUUUUCCCCACUUAAUGCCAACUGGAUGUUUAGGUCAGAGCCCCUAAACAAGCCCAGGACUUUUGCAUAUAGUACUUCCCAACCCCUGGAAUUUCCUAUUUUCCUUUUGUGGUCUAAAGUCACAACAUUGAGAAGUUAUUGACCAUUUACCACUUAUUAUAACUGAUACAUUUUCUUUGUUUUAAAGGCAGUAUUUCUUAUGUAUGUACAUGUGUUUAGCACGCUUGAUUAAAUAAAUGUUGUUUGAACAAAAACAUUUACUACUGUAUUUCGUCAAAUAAUAGCCAUUCUUCGAUUCAUCGCUGCCCUUAAAUAAUCACCCCCUUUAAAUGGAAAUAUUUGAAAUAGUUGCCUCCUUUGAGUAAUCGUUACCCCCCUCUCCAUAAAACUUGGUUUUAGGCUUUUCACGUCAUAUAGUGAUGUAGUAAUGGCAAGGACAUGCACCAAAAAGCGUGAUGCACAUGCAAAGUUGUUGUUUUGCUAAACAAACCAAUUGCUUCUUUGAUGUUCUUUGUGCCAUCACUAUUGUCAUUGCUAAAGCUGUCUAUUAUUGUCUCAAUAGUUUUUAAUUUAACAAUUAAUGAAUGAGGCUUAUGAAGAAUUAUGGAGAUCGAGGAGGGGGUUAUCCGUCUCAAGUUUAAAAACAUGUUAAGUUCAUCUUCAAUAGUGCACGUUUAGGGUUGUUCAGCUCUGCAAAUAUUCUCCAAAUAGCAGAUGUCGCCCUUCGAGUUGUCUUCUUGCUUUUCUUGCUAUGCUUUUAGCUAUUUUUUCGUCUAGUUCCAGCUGUAGUUCUUACUCUUGAAACGAGUGAAAUGUCUUCUUGGUUAACGGUGCCAUAACCAGCAGAGGGCUGCAUUUCCUCGUUAAACACAAAAUUCUUCCAAAUUUGGUCAUCAGUAACUAGUUACGGUGAAUUAUGCAUGUGCUUUUAGCCAAUCGGAAUUGGGGAAAUAUUUUGAAUGAAUGAUAAAUAGGUGUUAAUACAUGCAUAAUUGUUUACAAAUCCCUGUCUGUUUUAAAUACUUUACUUUACUAAUAUCAAGGUAGUUUUGUUUCUCAAUUUAUUUUAAGAAGCCGCAUCGAGUUUGAACCCAGUUAUGCAAAAUGUGAGGAUCUUUAUCCCUGUGGAAGGAUGUCAUUCAGGAACUUUAAUCCAACUGUUGAAGUAAGUUUGAUUCUGGGUAAUAUAAUAAUAAUCCUACACUUUCCAACUGCUUUUCUUGUCUUAAACCAUAUACACCCCUCUUUUUUACCAUAAGAGCAUCACAAUGGGCAGUUACACUGUAACUUGCAUUCACAUCUACUUUAAACUCUAUACUUUAACUCUGUACUAUACUAUACUUUAAACUCUACUUUAAACUCUAUAUAUAAUUUUAUACUAAAAUUGGCGGUCAGAAAAUUGGCGUCCUUAUGAGACUUAGAAACUUAUGCUUUUUAAAACAGCAAUAUUGCCGCACCUUACAUAUUGCCACCUUGUGUGGCACUUUUGCCGAGCCAGUGAUUCUCGCAAAAUCAAGCGGAUGCAAGAAAGGGGUCUGCGUGCUGUUUUUAGGAACAAUGUUAGCUACCCUGAACUUCUAAAAAGAGCAGAAAUGCCAAGUUUACAGAACAGGAGACUACAAGACGUUUGUGUUUUAAUGUAUAAGAAGAACAGGAACAAUCUAUGUCCCCCUAUAUCAGUGACAUUUUUAUUAAGCAAAGAUCCAAGUAUAACUUAAGGCAGUACAACACAGUAACAUAUGGCAAGCACUCCCUCUGCCACUUGGGGCCCAAUCACUGGGGAAAAUUAUCCCCAGACUUGAGAGAAGUUACCACCUUAAAAUGUUUCAAAAACAAAAUACGUGCAUUAGAUAUAGUUACACUAAUGGAUAAUGGAUGCAAGUGUUGUCAUCUCUGCAGUUCAUAGACAUAUUUGUCAUACUGUAAAUAUUGUUAAUGUCAUUAUUUUUGUAUUUCUUAUUUUUUUUUUAUACCUGCCCUUAUAUGUAAAUAUUUUUUAACCUUUAAAAAUAAUUUAUAUUUAUUUAUUUUGUGUCCCCUAAUUAGCAUAGGUUUUUAACUUAAGCCAGGAGGCUUCUUUAGACACCUUAAUAAAGUUUCAUCAUCAUCAUCAUCAUCAUCAACUGUACUCAGUAGACCAUUUUUUUGACAUUCGUUGUACUACAAUACAUGUAUCUUGAAAUCUGCUAAAACAAAUACAAAUAUGUAGAAAUAUAUAACCCCCUGUACAUACAUGUAUGUAGCUUUUAAGUGGUCUGAAAAUCAUAUGAUAGUACAAGAGAUUUAUACAAUGUUUAUGUUGUGGUUCAAUUUUGUCCUUUGUUUAAUUUUAUUUUCCUUUCUUUUAAUCUCAGAAUCAUGCAUUUCCAAACCCCAAAACAAAGGAAAAUGAAAAUUAAGCCAAGGAUAAAAUUGAACCACAAUAUAUACAUUGGCAUGUUCUUAAAUGUGCAGUUAAAUUCAACUCUUUGCUUGCAUGAGAAGCCAAAGGAGAUUGUAUUCCAGUAAUGUUCUCAAUGCUCAGUCUUCAAAUAAAUGUCAACAGAAAUUGUUUAAAGAGAUGCAAGCUGAGGAAGAUAUGGCAAGAUCAGAGGAACGAGAGCGGGAAGCAACUGUCUCUGAUGAAGAGAUGGCAAGAAGGUAACAACUACUUUGUUAACUUUUUGUGAAAACUUGAAAAUUUAAUUUUUAUGGUUUAAUGCCUACAUUUUGUUAGCCUUACUGACCUCACUAUACUUGUACAUGUGCAAUGUAUUGUAGGGCCUCUUAUUUUGACAUACAAUCUAAAAAAGUCAUCUCUAUAUCAAUAUGACAACCUAUACUGUACAUGUAACAUACCUAUGUUAUGAUUCAUUAUCUUGAGAGCGUACAUGUAUUCUCAAGAAAUAAAAUCCUCUGGAUGGAUAUAUGGCUGGAUACAUGCACAUGUAGGUUGGAAAGUUUGGGUGGAUCACAAUAGAGCGCUUGGCCACGAGGUCAUAUGUUCCGCCCAUGUUCCAACCCUAAACAUGUAGUUCAUGGUUGUAAAGAGUCAACUGGUUUAGCUCAGGCCAGUUGGGAUUCAUGACCUUGUCAGUCAAAAUGAAAACUACUGGUUUACCAGUAAAUUUGUUACCCCUAUAGAGUCAGUUUUUUAAAUACAUAAUGUAAUGAUAAAAGAGCUUAAGAGCAUCAGACAGAAGGGCUUUCCCUUGCUGAUAAUUCAAUAGAUGCAUGUAUACAUAUGACUGGAGCUCUUUGCUGAUCAAAUAUAUUACUAAAGCAAAAAGCCAUGGUAGUGAAACUUGUGUAGUAGGAAGCAGAACACUUGAGGUGGUGUGACCAGUGAUGUUUUAGUAGGUAUACCUCCCAAGUUUUAAUAUUUGCUGCAUCAGCAUUACAAAGAUAUCAGCUUUAUUGUAUGAGGAUAAAGAUUUGUUAUGAUCCAUGUAAGGAAUUUAGAAACUGCUUGAUAUUUUUUAAUCCUUAAUCAAUUUAAAUAACCUCCAAGUUUCAAGGACAUUAAAAUCAAGGAAUGCCAUGAAAUGGCACUUCCAAUGUCUCAAAGAUUUUGUGUUUACCAAGUAAGCAUCCUCAUUAUUCACUGGCAUUGUUUCCAAGUUUGGUCCGCACCUGAAUGAAUGAAUGAAUGAAUGAAUGAAUGAACUACAUUUAAGUUUCAGAGCAUUUAGCUACACAGUAGCUAAUUGUGGACACUAAAAAAGAUUCAAAAUACAAAAAAUUAAAAUUAAAAUGGCAAUUCUACAAGUGUUAAACAGCUAUUUUAAAAAUUUACGAUCAUUUUUUAAGGCAGGGAAGGUUCAUAAUAAAAAUCUAGGAAAAGCUGCACUAUUCACAAAAUUUGAUAUCGUUUAGUCCCAAGAAAAACUGAUAUUUAGAAUAUUCACGAAUUAUAACUUUUUAGUUAAGAAGUGAUGAAGUUCCAUUGCAAAUGUGGUUUAGUGAUACAUACUGUAAGUUACAGUUGGUGCAUGUUCUCUCAAUAAAAGAAGUCAAAUCUUCCUUUCUGAUGUUCCAUUUAAAAUUGUCCAGCCAGGGUCGCUGUGGAUCACUUAAGGAUGGUUUUGACCUGCAGUGUACAAAAUUUGUCACUUGCAGUGAAACCACUCACCUGCGGCUCGUGGUUCCACCUGAGUUUUGAACAUUUCAUGACAUCACCAUAUGUGGUCUAAGAGUGUAGACCAUGGACGAUUGUGGUCGAUUUGUUAAUAGGACCGCUUACAGGUGUAUAUUGCAUUUGUGAAGGUCUAAAAGUACUCGCUGGUUAGUCUAGACAAGUGUUUUCAAUGCAUUUGGGAGAAAACCGUUGUUGGAUGCCCCUGAAAAAAUAACUAAACCUCGUCUGAAACCCAGGGUACCUCCAACCAAACAGCUUUGUCUUAUUUCCUUUUUUGUCAUUCAGCAUGUCUGAAGGGUUGUAGUUAUCAUAGUAUAUUGUGUUAACCUCAAUUUACCUACAGAUGCAUAAUUAUUUAGUUGAAAUGGGAUAAUGUGAUGAUGAUUAUUGGCUAAAAGACACACGUUAAGGCCGAUCGUCAUACAUGUAUGCAUCUAUAUAACAACAAUUACUUUUAAUGACAAGCACAAUGUACUCCUCCUACUCUACUCCAUUCAAUAUUGUUAUUAGCCUGUGAGGAAGCUUUUUUGACUCUGAGGGAAGAGCCUGGCCAAUAGAAAGCUUCAGUUUGUAAGCAAUGCUACUAUCAGCUGCUUAGUACCUUCUAAAAAGAACAUUAAAGAAACCCUUCUAUUUGUUCACUUUUAAAUAAAAUUUUAAUUCUCUUUAUUGUAACAGAUAUGAAAGUCUGGUGGGUAAAGUAGCCAAGAAAUUUUCAACAAAAAGAAAACGUUCAUCAGCAGGUGCUAUUAAUUUUGAAGCAGAAAGUCCUGCCUCUCAUCAGCCAUCAAAGAAAACGAAAAGAGGUUUUAUGAAGCCAAGGGAAUGAUACAGAGCGAAAUUUAAAAGAUAAAAAUUAUUAUUUAAGAUUGAAUUGAGGAGAUCCCACUACAGGUAGCCAUUGUGGAGAGGUUUCACUGUAGUUAAGCGGUAUUUUAAGACGGAAUCCACCAGGAAAUUUAGUAAUUUUAAUUUUGAGUGGACAAAAACCUUGUACCUCAAU